AUGCGUUGUCUCAUCCAGACAGAUUGCAACGAACCCCACGGUUCUUCUUUGCGGCGGCACGGAGAGAAAAACGUGCGCAGAGCGUUUCGCCACAGAAAGGAGGGCUGUCUCGAUUGUCCCAGAGACUUCCGUUCCUUCCAAACAUUGUUUCCAGAGGCGCCUUCAGACUUGCCGACCAUCGAGAGACCAUCGCCGCUCUCAUAUUGUCAAAAAGCCCGACUUUCAACCAGAGAUUCGGGAGAAAGGACAGUGUCUCCGGCCUUUCUCCGACUGAAGCUGCCUUCUUCUCUGAUCUGCCCGCAGGUUGUGUGCUGUUUGCCUGACGACCCCAAGAAAAGCGGAGUGUCUGGGGCUGGACAGCUUGCUCUUGGCGGUGUUCCAAUGAAAGGCCGAAGACGGCUUUGCAGGAGUCACUUUGCUGCGUUUCUAACGUGUUUUUCUCAAGACGGAAAGUCUCUGUAAUUUGACCCUGAUCUCCGCGUAACGUAGUCUCGUCUCGUCGGUAAGGGACAUACCCUGCCGUCUCCGAGAAAAGUCGACGCGAGCCAUCGACAGCGCGGAUGCCCUACGAGGCUGUCGCUGUAGUAUCCUUCGAGGCGUGGGUAUCUCUGCGCAGGAUUC